GAAAAAUCGUACCGUUCUACCAAAAACGUUCAUCACCAUCACACUCUUGUUACUACUACUGUUUCUCUUUCCCUCACUCCAAAUCUUUCUCUUUCUUUCUUCCUUCUCUUCACACACACAGAGAUUUCACAGAUUUCAUCUUCUUCUCUUCUUCACACAGAACAGAAGAACGAACCCAUGACCACCAUUAACGUGAAAAUCGAAGAUUCAGAAGAUCAAACCAUGCAAAUUCAAAUGCUGGCACAGAAAUUUCAUCUUCUUGACUGCGAACUCAAACAAUUGACAACCGCUCACUCUUCAGAUAAUAGUGUAUCAAAGCAAGUGAACGAGAAUUCUGACUCCAUGGAUGAAAUUGAAAACAGUAUGUCCAAUGGAACCCAUGAAAUUUCUCCGGAUCGGGAUCACACCCUUCCGAUUCUCAAGAAAAUCUUUGAUCUGAGUUCCAAAAUUCAGGAUUUGAAGAAGCAGCACAUAGACUUGUCUGAUGAAGUCAAACAAGCAACUGGAUCCUUUCCAGGCCUUGAUGUUGCUUUGAACUCUAUUAAGCUACUUGGUGAUGAAUAUGAACUCUUGAAAAGAAAAUACCUGGAGGAAUCCUCUGAGCGUAGGCGCCUUUACAAUGAAGUUAUUGAACUCAAGGGAAAUAUCAGGGUUUUCUGCAGAUGCAGGCCAUUAAGUGGGAGUGAAAUCGCAAACGGGUCUGCCUCAGUUGUCAAUUUUGAAUCAUCUUUAGAUAAUGAGCUUCAAAUCAUUUGCUCAGAUUCUUCAAAGAAGCAAUUUAAAUUUGAUCAUGUAUUUAGACCUGAAGAUAACCAAGAGGCUGUUUUUGCACAGACAAAACCUGUUGUUACAUCAGUACUGGAUGGAUAUAAUGUUUGCAUAUUUGCCUAUGGGCAAACUGGAACUGGUAAAACGUUUACAAUGGAGGGAACACCAGAGCACAGGGGAGUCAACUACAGAACCCUGGAGGAAUUAUUUCGGACAACUGAAGAGAGAAAAGGCGUGAUGAAGUAUGAAUUGCAUGUCAGCAUGUUGGAGGUUUACAAUGAGAAGAUUAGAGAUCUUUUGGUGGAAAGUUCUACCCAGCCUUCUAAGAAAUUGGAGAUAAAGCAAGGUGCAGAAGGAACUCAAGAAGUCCCAGGACUUGUUGAAGCUCCUGUUUAUGGAACAGAAGACGUAUGGGAAUUGCUUAAGACUGGAAAUCUAGCUAGAUCUGUUGGAUCCACCUGUGCUAAUGAGCUUAGCAGCCGUUCUCAUUGCUUGUUGCGAGUAACUGUUAAUGCGGAGAAUCUAAUCAAUGGCCAGAAAACAAAGAGUCACCUUUGGCUUGUAGACUUGGCUGGAAGCGAGCGUGUGGGAAAAACUGAAGCUGAAGGAGAAAGAUUGAAAGAAUCUCAAUUUAUAAAUAAGUCUCUUUCAGCACUGGGUGAUGUUAUUUCAGCCCUUGCUUCCAAAUCAGCCCACAUCCCUUACAGGAACUCGAAGCUCACUCACAUGCUGCAGAGCUCUUUAGGAGGAGAUUGCAAAACGUUAAUGUUUGUCCAGGUGAGUCCAAGCGAUGCAGACGUAGGAGAGACACUUUGUUCUUUGAAUUUUGCCACCCGUGUCCGUGGAAUUGAGAGUGGCCCAGCUCGCAAGCAAGUAGACCUCACUGAGCUGUUUAAGUACAAGCAAAUGGCAGAGAAGCACAAACAUGACGAGAAGGAAUUUAAGAAAUUACAGGAGAGCUUGCAAACCUUGCAACUCAGACUUGCUGCAAGAGAACACCACUGUAAAAACCUUCAGGAAAAGGCUCGGGACCUUGAGAACCAGUUAGCUGAAGAAAGAAAAACCAGAAUGAAGCAAGAAAGUAGAUCAGUUGCUGCUGUUUCAGCUCAGCCCUCAUCAUUCAAACAAACAGCAGCUAAUAGAACCAUGACAGAUAAGAAGCCACCCCUGAAUUCUUCAAAAAUGAGACUGCCACUUAGAAGAAUAACCAAUUUCUUGCCUCCACCAUCUCCUCGACCAUCAAAGAGAUAUACGCCUUCCAUGAAUGGAAAGGAAAACUCUGCCAGAAGGACCUCAAUGACAGAAAAUAUGGAUGGCAGUUAUGCAAAACCAAGAAGCAGGGCAUCCUUUGCCAUGAGACCACCUGCACCAUCAACAUCCCAGCUUCUUCAGCCAAGGAGAAGGGUCUCCAUUGCUACACUCCGUCCUGACAAACCUUCUGACAUAACAACUCCACUCCAUACCUCAACCUCCCAACCGCCUGCACCAUCAACAUCCCAGCUUCUUCAGCCAAGGAGGAGGGUCUCCAUUGCUACACUUCGUCCUGACAAACCUUCUGACAUAACAACUCCACUCCACACCUCAGCCUCCCAAUUUACCAGUGGAAGCGGCAUGUCACUGAUAAGGAACCAGAGGAAGGGACGGUAUUCAAGUUUGUUCGCCCCAUUGCCGGAGUCGAGAGCAUCUGUUGAGACCACACCUAUUUCUGUUAGGAGAAGCAGCAGCAAGUUUUAUGGGAGUCCAGCGGCAAGCUCACGGGUGGGUAGGAAUCCAACUCUCAUUGCCCUGCACCGGAAAUCUUUUGUCUGGAGUCCUCUCAAGUUGAAAACUAACCGAAAGUCAUCAUCACUCUUGCCAUCUCAAAUACAGUAAAACCUUGUUUUCUCUACCUAAGGCGUACAGAUUAUGCUUGUUUGAUAACUGAAAUCAGAUUCAGUUUAAUCUUCCAUUAGUUCACUAUGAUUCAUUUGAACUAUUGUUCAGGUGUUUCCAUACACUGUGUUUGUUUGAUAAAUGAAAUUUGCAUUCAGUUAAUUAGAUAUUAUGAUUCAAUUGAACUCUUGUUCAGGUGGCUUCCAUCAAAUUUCUGAUACUUAUCGAGACAUUUUCAAUUCUUGUUUGGUUGUAGAAAUCGUGUUUGUAUUA